AUGUCUGAAGCAAUUGCUGUUACGAAUGUUAAUUCUCCGGUAGCCGGAUCUUCUGCUAUUUCUGAGAAAAAAGUUGCUGCUAAAAAAGCUGUUAAGCCAAAAAAGCCUUCAGUCGCUCCUACUCAUCCACCAACUCAACAAAUGGUUGAUGCAUCAAUUAAGAAUUUAAAAGAACGUGGUGGCUCAUCACUUUUAGCUAUUAAAAAGUACAUCAGUGCUACAUACAAAUGUGAUGCUCAAAAAUUAGCACCAUUUAUCAAGCGUUAUUUGAAAUCUGCUGUUACUAGUGGUAAAUUAAUUCAAACUAAAGGAAAGGGUGCAUCUGGUUCUUUUAAAUUAUCAGUGGCUGCCAAUAAAUCAAGUAAAUCUGGUGAAG